AUGUCAAAUAAACCAGUUCCACCACUUCCCAAAAACGAUGAUUCUUUAAAAAAAAAUUCUUCAUUAAAUGAUAAAGAUGAAAAAAAAGAAUCGAAUAAUUCUCCACAAGAAGUAGCUACAAGCAAUCACCCGCACCUUACGGCUGUUAAAGAGGUCGUUUCUAAUGCCGUACAUAACACAGCUCAAGCUUUAAAGAUUGAACCAAAAGAAAGUCAUCCUGAGGCUUAUCAUCAAGAUGAUAAUCAUUUUCUUAAUCGGUUAACACCUUUAAACCAGCAGACUUUAAUCAAAAAUGUUCAUACAAAACAGGAUUAUUUGUCAAGAUUUAUUCAAAUGAUGAGGGUAGAUACCAAAAAAGAAAUGCAAGAAGGGAAGCAGGAGAAGAGUGAAAAAAUUCGAGUGAAUAAGGAAAGGCAAGAGGAGGAUGGUAUAUUUAAAAAGUUGCAGAGGAAGACUAAGGUAGAAUCACAAAAAAAAUCGCAGAAGGGGGGGCAGACAAAGCAUAACGACUUGGAAAGUUUUUUAUCAACAAAAGAUUUAAAUACGAAAACAAACGUUUAUAGAGGUACAUUGUAUGAAUAUGAAACGAUAUCAUGCCUAAAAAAUUAUUUUGGAAUCUUAACAAGAAGAGUAGGAGGCACAAAUGAUUCUGGGAUCGAUUUUAGGGGUAGAUGGACUUUACCGAAUAAUCAAAAGUUAAAUAUAAUAGGUCAAUGUAAAAAUAAUUCAGUGAAAUGCUCACCAAUUUCAGUUAGGGAGUUGGAAGGUGUUUUAUGCACCGAGACCAAAAAUACUCUAGGUAUAUUAUCCUCAAAAUCUGGUUUUGGUAAGGCUGCUAUCUCGAGAUUUAAUUCCUCUCCUUAUCCAUUGAUCUUAGUUUGCGUGUUAAAUGACGGUAAAAACUGUGAGAUAUUUACUUGGAAUAAAACUUGCGAGAAAAUUUUAGACAGUUUACAAGUUACUCGGAGGUUUUAUAAUGCGAAAGGUGAUAUUUCUGAUGAUAUUAUGAAUCACAAGCCUAUUUUAUUAUAUGAUGGAAAGCCUUUUAUUCCUAAUUUUCAAGAAUAG